AUGGCUGAAAAAUCUCAGACUCCCGACCUUGAGGGAGCUCACAAGCUCGGCAUGGUCGAGUCGGUCACCACUGAUGCGUCGAUGCUGGAUAAGGAGAGCGUGUUGAACGGCAAGCCUUCUCAGAGUAUAGCUGUGCUUCCCAACACGAUCGUUGAAGAGGCGGAUGAAGAAGUGCUCAAGUAUACCGACGCUUCGAUUACCAUCACUCCCGAGGAGAACAAGCGUCUGCUUCGCCUGAUCGACAAGCGUGUUCUUACCAUCAUGCUCGGAACGUAUUUCUGCCAGAGUCUCGACAAGCAGAUUCUCUCGUUUGCUGCCAUCAUGGGAAUCCGCGACGAUCUCAAGCUCAAAGGCCAAGAGUAUAGCUGGCUCUUCACGUGUCUCUACCUCGCUAUUCUCUGCACAGAGGGAUUGCAAAACUACCUGGUCCAACGUCUUCCCAUCAACCGUUGGCUCGGCUUCUGCGUAUUUAGCUGGGGUCUAUCGUGCUGCUUUGUCGCUCUCUGCCACAACUUUACUGGUAUCCUGAUCUUGCGAAUCUUGCUUGGAUGCUUCGAAUGCGUUUGCCAGCCUGCAUUUGUCGCUCUCUCGGCCAUUUGGUACAAGAAGGACGAACAAGCUAGAACAAUUACUCUGUGGUACUGCUGCAAUGGGCUGCAGGCUAUGUUCGGAGGCCUGCUUGGUUUCGCGUUCUAUCAUAUUCAGGGUGCGGCGCUUGCUUCGUGGAGAAUCAUGUUCAUUGUGCUCGGUUUGCUUACCGUUCUGUGGGGAGCCGCGAUCGUCUACAUCCUUCCCACAUCGCCAAUGAAAGCUCGAGGGAUCUCGGCGGAGGACCGCGUCAAGAUUGUCGAGCGAGUUCGCGAGAACCAGACCGGAGUGCAGAACCGCAAGUUUAAAUUGGAGCACGUUUGGGAAGCCGUUAAGGAUCCUCAAGCUUGGUGUCUCUUCCUGAUCAACCUGCUCAACACGAUCCCAACUGGCGGUUUGGGGUCGUACGGAAAUAUCAUCAUCAAAGACAACCUUGGCUUUUCGGUGCUUCAAACGAAUCUCCUGGGUCUUGCUCAGGGCUCGUUUCAGAUCUUUGUGCUUUUGCUCGCCGCUUGGGUUGCCAAGAAGUGGAACCAGACAAUUCUGACGGCGGUGCUCUUCACUGUGCCCAACAUUAUCUCGGCCGUUCUUUUUCUUACCGUGCCCAACAACAAGUCGCACGCCGGCGGUCUGCUGUUUGCCUUCUACAUGACGAUUUGCCUCCAGGCGCAGGCAACACUGUCCUUCUCGCUGCUCAGCCGAAAUGUCGGCGGACAAACCAAGAGAGGUGUUGUCACAGCCUUGACUUUUGCCGGUUGGGCGAUUGGAAACUCAGCUGGUCCUCAGCUCUUUCAGGCGAAGGAUAAGCCGCUUUACAGGCAGGCAUUCAUUGGGCAGCUUGGUUGCUAUGUCGCCUCAAUUCUCGUCCUUUUGGCUCUGCGAAUGUACUACAUGCAGCAGAACCGCCAGAAGCGACGCGCCAACAAUGUUCUCAAGGGACGCCCCGAGGACGCAGAAGAUGAGAUCGACCUCUCACAGGCUUUCCUCGACUUGACCGACAAGCAGAACAUCAACUUCCGAUACAGCUAUUGA